AGGCACAACCCCUGUGUGUGUGAGGACAUCGGGGACCAAGUCUGGGCUUGUGGCCAGCGUGUUUCUCUGGAGGAAUGGACCACCAAGAUAAAUGCCAUCGGUGCUAAAACAUUGAGGAACGUCUGCUGAAAGUACAUCUAUGACAAGUGUCCUGCUGUAGCUGCAGAUGAUCUCGUCAAGCAGCUCCCUGACUACGACUGUAUCCGCAGUGCUAUGUGCUGGCUCCGUUUCUGAUCUCCAUCCAGUUCAGGGGGCACAUUUUUUUUGGAAUAA